GGUUAGGCUGCAUAUCGCUUUCCAUCUAUCGCCUCGUCGCCCUCCUUUCGGGACAUCAUGACGAUUCCAAUGUGUUUCGUGCACUCAUCUUGUUCUAUGCUCUCGUGCUUCUCCAAGGUGGAUUGUUCAUCUUGUGGUUGUGUCUCAAGUUGUAUCGUUCUUAUCUUGCAAACCACGUGAGCUGCAAGUACGGACUUGAGGACAACAGAGAAUUGAUUGACAAAUAUAUGGACAAAACCUUGAGCACGGCCAUAAAGAAUGGGGUGUCAAGUACCAUCAACAGGAACCUGGCUUCCUUCGCAUCAGACUUGAUUAAAUCUGACUACAGUCAGGAUCACACUGAUGCAGUUUUGGUGAUGCAUACAUUGACAUCCCAAGAGGAGCAUAGAACAAGAACUCUAUCCCAGAUACAAUCCUCGCCGCUCUGUGUUUCCAGGCUGCUUGACAUGGUUACCUCAAAGAGCCGCACUGAUCAGAGGACAAAAAUAUGCAUCGCAGAAAUUGUGGCACAUCUUGCUAGCAACCUGCGCCUGGCUGACAUAUCAGGAGCAACAGAGUCCAUAUCUUCCAUGAUUAAUCCCUACUUCACGAAAAUAUCAGCCCCAGCUACCAAUGUCAACAUUGACCAUCAGACAGCUAUUGAUAUCACAACUGACCCGCAGGGGCUUGUUCAGUUAGCCAGCGGUACCAGUGGAGCUGAAAGCAAACCUCUAAUUAUCCAUGGCCUGUUGAUUCUUGCCAAGCUUGCAGUUAACCCGGACAACUGCAAACACAUAUAUGAUUACAAGGGUCUCCUCUCCAAGAUAAUAUCUCCAGUCAAAAAUAAAGUGUAUGACAUGCCCAGAGAUGAUGGUAUCACCAUGGAAAUAACUGAGAAGGCACUGGAAGUGGUGAGCAUGCUUGUCAGUGGCACAGAUGAAACCAAUGAAAAGAUACGCCGAGAGAUUUGUAGCAAUGGGAUAGCAGUGAAUGAUAUCCGCUCAAUCUUGGAAAAGGGCCACAUGUACAACAAGCUAAAGGUUCCAGCAACAAAGAUCCUUACGGAGCUAUCUUUGGAUACGUUCACUCAACCUACCCUUGGACUUGAUGGCGUAGCGAUAUUCAUUAACUACUUGAUGGGUAUCUUAUUUGCUGCUGCAAAUGUGAGUGAAGAACUCAAGAAUACCGCAGGGGAAGCAUUGGCAGUACUGGCAAUGGACAAUGCCAAUUGUAUGAGGAUCAUGGAUUUCAGCAGAGAGACAAUUCAGUUGCUCACAGAUAUGAUUCCUACGGAAAACGCCAGAUUAUAUCAAACUGCCAUAGCACAACUGCUGAUGCAACUUUGUGCAAAUUCAAAUCCUGCAGAAAGGGAGGAGCGUCUCGCGUCAGUCAAAACAAAUCUACAUGAGGUGCUCAAAGUUAUAUGCAAUGUUGAACAAGCAGAAAAUGCAAAUCAGGUGGGUUCUCCACAGCACAACUUAGGCCAGCAACAAGCAGCAAACGUAAAUCAGGCAGGUUCUCCCGGGCAUAAUUCGGUCCAGCAACAAGCAGCAAAUGCAAAUCAGGUGGGUUCUCCACAGCACAAUUCAGGCCAGCAACAAGCAGCAAACACACAUCAGGCGGGUUCUCCCCAGCAUAACCCGGGCCAGCAACAAGCAACAGACACAAAUCAGGUGGGUUCUCCACAGCACAACCUUGGGCAACAACAAGCAGCAAACGCAAAUCAGGCGGGUUCUCCACAGCACAACCGGGGCCCGCCCUCAUUUUCUCGGGCACUUUAUCGCUUGAACAGUUUUCUCGGGGCUCACCACUCUCACGCUGCUAACAGAAACAAUCCCAGUGACAAUUUGCCGGUUGUUUCUCAGCUCGAAGGUGCUAAAAGAAAAUCCCUGGCAGCCUUCUUAGGCCUUACAUUGCAGAUAUGUGACAAACUGCAGAUCAGCUCUGAUGAUUUUGAUAAUGCACUUGCGCUCAUUCCUCUUUCCAUGGAUGGCUUUGUGGAUAGACUGAAUCAUAUAAUAGAACAGUGCAAGGGCCACUCUUUUGAUAGCUUGGAAGGGAAGGGUCCCUCAGUUGAGUACCUGAUAAUAAUCAAGACAGUGACAAAGUUAUGUACAUGGAUGAUGCAACGCAAGCCAGACUGCAUUACAGUAUUCCAGAACAGGAACACUAGCACAAAACUGCAGGGUGCUUUGGAGGAUAUGAGAGACCUGGAACUAGGUAUACUCCUUACCGGCAGUGCACGGGACAUGGAUAAUUACCAAACCCUUUCAACCAUCGUUGGUGUUGCACGGCAAAUGAUGGAUGCUAAUGUGCAGAUUUAAAUAGGAAUUAAGAGGCGGAUAAGUAUUAGUACAAGUUUGCAGUUUUUUUCGGGUGUCUUACUUUUCAGAGAAUUGUUUUGCGCCGUGUGUCUCCGCACGUGUCAAGAAUCAACAUAGCUACUUCAUUUUAUAUCUUUCCGGUUGAGCUCUUUUAUGGUACCCGGGGACAAAUAUUGACCGUCCAUUUAUAAAAUCUAA